CACCCUCCGUCAGUCACUGAAGUCAGACCGCAGGAGGAGGGCUGAAGAGGACCGCAGCGCCUCGCCAGCGGCGCGUUGGAGGGAAGGACAUCAAAUCCUGCAGAAGUCGAGACACCCCCCCCUCUCCCAGGUCCAAGCCCAGACCACGAUGAGCGCUCCGGGCUACGGGCGGCUGGCGUUGCCGCUGCUGUUCCUCGCAGUGGUCGCCUUGGCUGAAGGCGACGCCAAGGGGCUCAAGGAGGGCGAGACCCCCGGCAAUUUCAUGGAGGACGAGCAAUGGCUGUCGUCCAUCUCGCAGUACAGCGGCAAGAUUAAGCACUGGAACCGCUUCCGAGACGAAGUAGAAGAUGACUACAUCAAGAGCUGGGAGGACAAUCAGCAAGGAGAUGAAGCCCUGGACACCACCAAGGACCCCUGCCAGAAGGUCAAGUGCAGCCGCCACAAGGUGUGCAUCGCCCAGGGCUACCAGCGGGCCAUGUGCAUCAGCCGCAAGAAACUGGAGCACAGGAUCAAACAGCCGGCUCUGAAACUCCAUGGAAACAAAGACUCCACCUGCAAGCCCUGCCACAUGGCCCAGCUCGCGUCAGUCUGUGGCUCUGAUGGCCACACCUACAGUUCGGUGUGUAAACUGGAACAGCAGGCAUGCCUGAGCAGCAAGCAGCUGGCAGUGAAAUGUGAGGGGCCCUGUCCCUGUCCCACGGAGCAGGCUACUACGUCUACCACUGACGGCAAGUCAGAAACCUGCACAGGGCAGGACCUGGCCGACCUCGGGGAUCGACUCCGUGACUGGUUCCAGCUCCUUCGUGAGAACUCCAAGCAGAACGGCUCAGCCAACAGUGCAGCCAGCCCUGCAGGGCUGGACAAGAACCUGGGGGCCAGCUGCAAGGACUCCAUCGGUUGGAUGUUCUCCAAGCUAGACACCAGUGGAGACCUCUUCUUGGACCAGACAGAACUGGCUGCCAUCAACCUGGACAAAUACGAGGUCUGCAUCCGCCCCUUCUUCAACUCCUGCGAUACCUACAAAGAUGGCCGCGUCUCGACCGCUGAGUGGUGCUUCUGCUUCUGGAGGGAGAAGCCCCCCUGCCUGGCAGAACUGGAGCGCAUACAGAUACAGGAGGCAGCCAAGAAGAAGCCAGGUGUCUUCAUCCCGAGCUGUGAUGAGGACGGCUAUUACCGGAAGACUCAGUGCGACCAGAGCAGUGGUGACUGUUGGUGCGUGGACCAGCUGGGCCUGGAGCUGACCGGCACACGCAUGCACGGGAACCCUGACUGUGAUGACAUCGUGGGUUUCUCAGGGGACUUUGGAAGCGGUGUCGGCUGGGAGGAUGAGGAGGAAAAGGAGACAGAAGAGGCAGGAGAGGAGGCCGAGGAGGAGGAGGGUGAGGCCGGUGAGGCAGAUGACGGAGGCUACAUCUGGUAGACGGCCCUCAAGGGCCUCGGCAGGCCAGGGUGCCGAUGGCCGGAGAGACGGGCCAGAAGAAACCUGGACGACAGCAGGCAACUUAGCAAAUGGAUCCGGAAGUCAGUGUGAAGGACCCUGGCUCCAGCGGGGAGGACUGGAGUGAAGAGUGAGGCGUGUGUGACUGGUGUGUGUGUGUGUGUGUGUGUGUGUGUGUGUGCAUGCGUGUGCAUGUAUGUCAUGUGCGCGUGUCAUGUGCUGACGUGUAUCCUUGAUCCGCGCUGCUCCUGGCAGUGAGUCACCCAAAGGCCCCUUUCUCCCUGUUGUUCUUUUCUUUUCCUUUUCUAUUGAUUUUUGAACGCACAGGUCCAUACACAAGUACACAGUAACGGGCCAAAAGCAAUGGAACGAGACGCCCCGAUUCUGUCCCUCAGCCUGGCACCCAGUAUUCCUCCCUGCUCAAUCAGUGCUACCUCCCCCUACCCCUUCCUGCCUUUCUUCCUCCAUCUUCUAGGGUCAAAGAGAGGAAGGGAGGGAAGCUGUAGGCUGGGCGCCCUCCCCAAAUCAGGCUGAUUUGGUGUGAAAGCCUGGCCAUCUUCUGGUGACAAUAGGCAGGACACCACACACAGCAAGGCGGACCCAUCUGAUAGCUGAAGGACUAGCUGCAGGUGGACCCAUCUGAUAGCUGAAGGACUAGCUGCAGGUAUGUCCAACCAUGGUCCUUGGGCUGCAUCUGGUUAAGGAUAGUUAUCAAUGUGGCCCAACACAAAACUGUAAACUUACUUAAGACAUAAUUCCUUUAUUGUUUUUGUUUGUUUGGUUUGGUUUUCUUGGUAACUCGACCAAGGAGUUCUUGAGUAUCUACUUUGUAGAUGACAAUGGUCAGUGUCCAAAGGCUGGAUAACCUAGUAGAUCAUCUCUUAACCUAUUCCCGAGAAACCACAGAUAGUCCAGGAGAACAGGCAGAGAGAGUGAGGAAGGGAGGGGAGGACCCUCUAUGCCUGACUUCAGAUUAACCCAGUCAGCACCUGUUGCCUCGUGGGGAUCUAGGAUGCUUUCUUGACAAACGGGAGCUGUCAUCAUGCAGCCGAGUUUUGAUGCUGCCUGCUCUGAGGUCUUUCUUCUACUGUCUCUGUCCCCUGGGUAGGGCUCCCCCUGUCUAAGGAGCAGAGGACAAGAAAGAAGCAUAUGUGUGCCCACCUCUUCCUUGACCCUCGAAGGAAAUGGUUCCUUCUUGCCCAGACCAAUAGAAAGACAUGUCCCUGAGACCCUAUGUGAGGAAGUAGUGGGAGGCUGCCACUUCCUGUACCCUGAGAUAGUCCUGGAGGAGAGGUAUCAAAGCCACUGCCCUCUCAACCACGGGGUCUCCUCUGACUCAUGUGUCCCCAAGACAGUCAAGACACCCUAGCAGAACUACACCCCCCGCUCUAUUUAAAACCCUUCAGCAUAUAUGAGUAGAGGGGACAACAUUGGGCAGCUAGUCUCUGAGGACAUACCUCACCAUGUCCCCAAACCUCUAGGCCCAGUGGGAGGUCCUCUUACCCAGAUGCCCUACGGGGUUCUGCAUGAUUAUUGUUUCCCACUUCUCCCUUUUCAAUCAAAAUUUCUUAAUAUAUAUUGAUGAAGAAUUUCUUACCUGUACUUGGGCCUCUGAUACCUUUUGGUACAUGUGCAUGUGCGUGUGCGUGUGCGUGUGUGUGUGUGUUUGAGAGAGAGAGAGAGAGAGAGAGAGAGAGAGAGAGAGAGAGAGAACACCUGGGGGCCACUCUGAUGGCUAAGGAGGAGGCCACCUGUGUGCUGGGGUGCUUGGAGGCUGGGCAGCUCCUGGGGCUCUUGUGCCCAGGCUUCUAGGACAAGGCCUCAGACUGGUUCUCCCCAGCAUCCUGGGGCACUGGCUGGAUGCAUUCACUGAGUGUUGGUUGGACUCUAGGGAAGAGCCUCCUCCUCAUCCUUCCCAUCCCUUUCUGCCACCCUUGGAAUGGCCACCUUCUUUGUCAUCUCCUGGGAGAAAUACGGAAAUGCCACUAAGUUCCGCAAAGUGCUUCUCUUUCCACAGCGCAGUUCUGACUCUGCCAGUGUCGCCAUCCCCCACCUCCUCCUCCUUUCCUUCCUCAGGCCUCUGCCACCUUCCUCUGGUCCCUGGCUCAGUCACAUCAGCCCUCUGCAUUCCAGAAGCAGUCUCUGCUCUUCCUUCUUCUCUUCUUCUUCCUCCUUCUCCCCAUGCUCCUUCUCCUCCUCCUCCCCCCAUCCUCCUCCUACACACCUCUCCUCCUCCUCCUCUGGCUGGAGUUACUUGAAACUUCCCACUCUCGCUAGGCUGGAGUCUGAUUCUUCCUCUGCCCCAGCUGGUUUUCCAGAAUGUCCUUGGGUUGCUGUGAAGGAUUUUAGGCUCUCUGGGAUAGGGAUGGGGUUACAGAGGAAGAAGCAUCCUCUACUUCCAUUCUGCCCCCUCCUCCUGGGAGUGGGGGCUUGCUGUGCUCUGUGUGUUCCUGGGUCUUCUGGUUGUGUAUCUGACUUUGUAAAUAUGUUCAGAAGAAAGCAGAAGGUGUUGAACUCGCCUGCUGCAGGCUUGCAGAGGUCCUGAAGCUUGUCCUUCUCCAGUACCCCCUACUGCUUUUCACCCCAUUGAGAUGGAGCCCCACAGAGGUAGGAAGAGCAGCUGUUCCUGAUGGGGCUGAUGAUCCCCAGGUGGCUUCUGGUUAAGCAAGCUUCAGGUUUCCUCAGGAACCAGGUCACAAGUUAGGUGGCUGUCAUCCUGUGACCUCCUCAUUGACUAAGCUGCCUGCCCAGCCCCUCCUGGUUCGUCCCUGCUCUCACUCCCUUGGUGCUGGCGGGGGAGAUAGGGCUAUGUUGACAAGAGUUCAACCAAAUUAUUGCAGAGCCACAUCUUGCAGGGGUCCUGAAACUGCCCAACUGGGAGCCUCCUUGGGCCCCUGGGUGCUGGGAAGGAAGGUUCAGGAUGGGGCAGGUUGGGGUCGGAGGGAAUAAACGUGCCUUGAGAGACCACUCAGAGGUCCCAGGAGUGAUGGGGAUGGAGCUUAGCCUGGGGAGCUCUGCAAGGGAGAAUGUUGGUGAGAGAGACAUGGGACAUCUUGACAUCCCCUCCAGUGUCCCACAGGGGUUGUGACCACACGUGAUAGGUGGGCAUAGGUCCUUCCUUCCUCCAGCCCCCCUGCUUUGGGUUGGCACCUAUUUGGCCUGUCUUGAACUCUGCUUCUGGCUUCAUCGCUGAGUAGGUGGGUGGUGUCUUUUGGUGUCAUCUCACCAAAAUCCUGAGCCCACAACCUUUGGAGAAAACCAGGGGCCCAUCUUUGACACUGGGUCAUAUUGGGCUUCCUGGCCUGCUGUUGGCCCAGAGGAGGACCAGGGAUCACAAAAGGAGAUUCAAGAAAUCCACAAACGAGUCCCAGGCAGAGCAUCCCGCUUCAUAGCCCGCGUCCUACUUAAACUGUCUAAUGUGCAAUAACUGAGCUUAGAGUUAAAAAUUGUGGUCCAGUGCUUGGGUUCUGUCUGUAGAUUUAAGUGCUGACAUUGUAUCUCUCAGUAAUUUUAGAUGUCUUUAAAAAAAAAACUGAACAAGUGUUAGACCUGUGUGUGCGUUGAUGGGCACUCAAGCGUCCUGUGGGUGAUCCCACUCUCUCCCCUUCUUCUGCGCCACAUCCCCUCAUGCCCUGCCCAUACCCACCUGCCUCCACCUGGGGCCCCUCACCUUACCGUGGUCUUUUUCUGCCUAUUACUCAGCCUAGGGAAACAAGUUCACUCCACACAUGCAUAAAGGAAAGCAAAUGUUAUUUUUAAGAAAACGGAAAAUAAAAACUUUAUAAACACCA